AUGUCGAAACUUUUCAUCGGAGGCCUUGCGUGGCACACUGAGGAGCAGACUUUGAGACAGAAGUUCGAGGAGUUUGGUCCCGUUGAGGAAGCAGUUGUGGUCAAGGACCGCGACACUGGACGCAGCAGGGGCUUCGGCUUCGUUCGAUACGCUCAGGAGGGAGAUGCGCAGAACGCCAUUGCUUCCAUGAACAAUGUCGAAUUUGACGGCCGGACCAUCCGAGUCGAUAAGGCAAGCGACACGGGCCCGCGAGGUGGAGGUGGCGGCUUUGGUGGUGGCCGUGGUGGAGGUUACGGCGGCCGCGGAGGUAGCUAUGGAGGCGCACCUCAGUACGGUGGUCAGCAGGGUGGUGGAUACGGACAGGGAGCGUACCCGCCAGCACAGGGCUACGGCGGCGGACGAGGAGGAGGCGGCUAUGGCCAACAGGCACAGUACGGCACGCCCCCGCCUCCUCAGCAAGGAUACGCGCCUCAGUACGGUUACGACCAGCAGCAGGCCCCGCAAGGGCAGCCUCCCCAGGGACCCCCACGAUACUGA